GGGAAGAACUGUGAGCAGGUAUCCUCCCUGUGCUACAGCGGACCGUGUCAACACGGAGGAAGCUGCUCAGGGAUUCCGUGUCUUUCACUUGCGCCUGCCCGCCAGGCUGGACCGGAGACAGGUGCCAGACAAUGGUGGAUUUUUGCCAGUCGUCCCCCUGUCUCCAUGGUAGCACGUGCAACGCCCACUUCGGUGGCUACUCCUGUAACUGUACUAAAGGCUGGACCGGAAAUAGAUGUGAAGUGGAAGUAGACGACUGCGCAAGCGCCCCAUGUCUGAAUGGCGGAACCUGCGACAAGAAAGCAGGUGGAGGCUACUCCUGCCGGUGUCAUCCUGACUACGGGGGAACGAACUGCGAAAACUUCCUUGACCCGUGUCUGUCGUCACCCUGCUUGAACUCAGGCACGUGUGUUCGUCUGACGCCAACUGACUUUAAGUGCAACUGUUCUUCAGACUUUCGAGGUCCUACUUGUACCCAGUAUGUCGAUUUGUGCGACAGUUCUCCAUGUCAGAACGCGGGCACGUGCACCCGUCUUGCUCACGAUGCAUUUCGGUGCACGUGCACCGUAGACUACGUCGGCCCCACGUGCGAGGAGUACAUAGAUCCGUGUGUCUCACGUCCUUGUCUCAACGGCGCCUCGUGUGUCCGCGUGGACUACGACAACUACACCUGCGUGUGUCGUGCAGACUACACCGGCGACCUGUGCGAUGAGUACAUCGACCCUUGCCUUUCUCGCCCUUGUCUCAACUCCGGUACAUGUGCACGAAAGACAUUCGAUGAAUUUGGGUGCAACUGUACCGAUGACUUCACAGGUACUGUCUGCGAUGAGUACGUUGACCCAUGCACCUCUAACCCUUGUCACCACUCGGGUACGUGCGUGCGACUGGCGUACGAUGACUUCCGGUGCCACUGCACUGACGAGUACGAGGGCGUGGUGUGCGAAGAGUACACAAACCCUUGCAGCAUCAACCCCUGUUUAAAUUCAGGUCUGUGCGAACCAUUGAACCCCAAGGGCUAUAAGUGCAUAUGUGGAAAGAACUUCGAGGGAACAAACUGCUCAGAACUUACAGUUCCAAGAACAGCGAGACGAACUGAUGGGGAUACCGCGUCAAAGGGGGGAAAGGUCAAGGACGUUUUGCUGCCUGUCGGACUGGGGGUCAGCAUCGGCCUCCUCGUCGCUGCUGCCAUCUUUGCACUGAUGUUCGUGAUGCUGCGACGGAAGCGGGAUCUCAUCUGGUGCAGAGGUCAGGACCCCGAGCCAAGUUUUUCUUUCGACAACAUUCUGUACACCAAGGGUCCUGUCAAGCCCUGUGUCACCAUCCUCGAGAAAAAAGAGUCUGGACAGUCACAACCCUAGCCUUGACCUCGGGUCACGCCCCUAACCUCGGGGUCGUCGCCAUACAUUUGUACUUACACAACACGAGUCGUUAGACUUAUUUCGCUUGCUCAACCUUUACUUUCCUUUUGUAUUUGUGUGUUUGACUGUUGACUCCACUUUACAAUCAUUCUGUCGAUCUCCGGGCUCUGGAAGCAGUCCAGGGUCCCUGAAAUAAACACAAGCUCAGUAAGUUUAGAAUUCCAUGUUUUAUCUGAUCGUUAUCUUUAUAACAUUUAUCAUCUCUCACGGAUACUCAACACAUAAAUACAAUGUUUUACAAUAUAAAACAAACAUAUCUACAGACGUUAACAGUCAUUUAAGAAACAUUCAUCUAGCAAACAAGACAACAAUGUGAAAUCUUACACAACAAAGUAUGUCUUCUUUUCACAUUUCACACAUAAACACAAACAUCACAGCAGUCGCCUUGUCUCCCUUGUGCCAUAGGCUACGGCCACAAAAAUAAUAAUUUACCUGAUAUCAAGGCGUAUAUAGUUUUAAGUAAUCAUAAAGUUAUAUAUAUAUAAUCAGUAUUUAUGUCUACUUAACAAGUUGUUUAUAUGUCAGCAACUGUUUAGCAAACUUUUCUUCGUUUUUUUAAAUAGACAUGGAUGUGUGUAUGUUUUUGCGAGCAGUAAAAUUAAGUCGAGUACAACAUCUGUCUCAAAGUUAUCGCUGCGUCCAAACAGGACAAGAUGUUCAGUGACUGUCAUCCUUGGAUGAUUCUGUCAUUACAAAGAAUAGGUUGUGACAAAGUUUCUCCGUCUUUCUGACACACAAGGACAGGGAAACCUUUACCAAGCGUCAAAGAAACGAGGGGAGGGACUGAUGUUUUAGACCGAGUCAGCAGCUUUAAAGAGACCUAAACCGUUAAUAAGUGGAGGGGGGGUUGUGACGUCAUGAGACAGACUGUGAUGUAAAUGGUGUGAAAGACGAAUAGUAACCAGUAGGGAAACGAGCAGUGAUGGAGGUAAUGUACAUGGCUAUUUCUGCUUCCGGUUUUCUAGAGUGUAUCAGUAGUGAACUUUAAGGGUAGCAAUGUAGCUUUAAAACGUGCUGAUGGAAUUAUAGACAAUAAACAGUGAAUUUUUU